AUCCGAGCUGUCCAAUCCACGCGACUUUUUACACCGCAGGGAACGCUGGGUGGACGCGCGUGAGCGGACGCGAGUUUCCACUCGCUUUCUUCCCUGACCGCCUCGGUAGCCGCGCAGGACCACCUGUCCCCAGCAACCCUCCCCCGUACUCUGCCGAGGACGCGACCGGCCGACCCUGGACCUGAAAUGGAUUCAGUGACCUUUGAGGAUGUGGCUGUGAACUUUUCCCAGGAGGAGUGGGCUCUGUUGGAUCCUUCCCAGAAGAAUCUCUACAGAGAGGUGAUGAAGGAAACUGUCAGGAACCUGACUGCUGUAGGAAUACAGUGGAAAGUCCAGCCCACUGAAGAUCAGUACAAAAAUCCUGGGAGAAAGCCAAGGCAUGUGAGCGUUCACACCGGACACAGACCAUAUCAGGAAGAUGGAGAGAAGAGAUAUCAAGCUAAGCAACAUAAAUUUGAAAGGACUCAGACCAGUGAGAAACACUAUGAAUGUAAAGGAUGUGGAAUAGUCUUUAUUUCUCUAACAAGCUUUCAAAGGCACAUAAGAAUGCAUAGUGGACAUGGACCUUAUAAAUGUAAGGUAUGUAGAAAAGCCUUUAAAUUUUCCAGCUCACUUCAGAUACAUGAAAAAAUGCAUACUCUAGAGAAACCCUAUCAAUGUAAAAAAUGUGGUAAAUAUUUAAGUACUUAUAAGUCUUUUCAAAUCCAUGAAAAAAUUCAUACUGGAGACAAAACGUAUAAAUGUAAGGAAUGUGGGAAAGCCUUCAGUUGUCCAAGUUCUUACCAAAGACAUUUAAGAACUCAUACCAGAGAAAGAUCUUAUAAGUGCAAAAAAUGUGGUAAAGACUUUGAUUGUUUGAGUUCUCUUCAAACCCAUCUAAGAAUUCAUAACAGAGAGAACAUAUACUGUGAAUGUAAGAAAUGUGGGAAAGCUUUUCUUUCUCUCUCAACAUUUCAACGGCACAUGAUAACGCACACUGGAACUGGACCUUUUAAGUGCAGGGAUUGUGGAAGAGUAUUCAUUAGUCAACUCUCAUUUCAAGUUCAUGAAAAGCUGCACAGUUCAGAAAAACUCUAUGAAUGUAAACAAUGUGGUAAAACCUUAAGUAGUCCCAAUUCCCUUCAAAGACACAGAAGGACUCACACUGGAGAGAGACCUUAUGAAUGUAAGGAGUGUGGGAAAGCCUUCAAUUGCCCCAGUUCUUUUCAAAGGCAUGAAAAAACUCACACUGGAGAGAAACCCUUUGAGUGUCAGAAGUGUGGUAAAACCUUCACUCGUUCCACUUACCUUCAAAUGCAUGUCAAGAUUCACAGUGGAGAGAAACCCUAUGAGUGUAAGCAGUGUGGUAAAGCCUUUACUAGCUCCAGUUCCAUUCGAGUACAUAAAAGAACUCAUACUGGGGAGAAACCCUAUAAAUGUGAAGAGUGCGGGAAAGCCUUUAGUUGUCCCAGUGCUUUUCAGAGACAUAAAAUUAUUCACACUGGAGAAAGACCUUAUGAGUGUACAAAGUGUGGUAAAGCCUUUAAUCGUUCUAGUUCUUUUCAAAGGCACCAAAGAACUCACACUGGAGAGAAACCUUAUGAAUGUGAAGUAUGUGGAAAAGUCUUUACUAGUUAUAGUUCCAUUCAAAUACAUAAAAGAACUCACACUGGAGAGAAGCCCUAUGUCUGUGCAGAGUGUGGAAAAGCCUUCAGUUGUUCCAGUACCUUUCACAAACAUGAAAGGACCCACAGUGGAGAAAAACCCUAUGAAUGUACUAAGUGUGGUAAAGCCUUUAGUCGUUCCAGAAAUUAUCAGACACAUAUGAAAUCUCACAAGUAAAGAAAAACUGCACUAAUGGAAAUUCAGAUUUUUCAGAAGCAUGAAAGCACACAGAUACUCUAUGCUAGGAAUGUGGGAGGCCUUUCAUUGCCCACCUUUGUAGCAUCCUUGAGAGUGUAAGCAUGGAGUGUAGCAGUGGUGUUUGACUUUUCAGUUUGAAACAACAUGAAACAACACACAGUAGAGAGAAUAAUACAGGUAGUAUAAUAUGAGCAGUGAACAGUAUCCUCCAGUAGGCUCAUGUCUUUAUAGCAGUAAGAAUGCACUCCAGAGGAUGGGAGGAUACCUUUGUAGUAGGAUGCUUAUCUUUCUAGCAGGAGUAACCCUAUCAUUGCCUAAAACAUUUUGUGAGAAAUUAGUGCAUGUUAGAUUGAAAAAUUUCAAGUGUUGAAAAUAGAAGAAAUUUUUUUUUUAAAGAUUUAUUUUUACUUAUGUGCGUGUGCCACAUGUGUGCAGGUGCCUGUGGAGGUCAGAAAUGGGCAUCUGAUCUCCUGGAGAUGGAGUUACAGGAGGUUGUGAGCCACCUGGCAUGAGUGCUGGGAACCGAACUCAAGGGUAUUUACACAUGCUUAGUUGCCAAGCCAUCUCUCUAACUGAGAAGAAAAAGUUAAGAGUCACUUUGAAGCUGGAUGUGGUGGUUUAUGCAUUUAAUUUUAGUGAUCAAGUGAGGAGAACUGCCAUGAAUUUGAGUCCAAUCCAGACUACAUAAUGAGAACCAGUCUCAAAACUGAACCAAACAAAAACAAAAUUUAAAAAUAAACUGAAAAUAAAGUGAAAACCAAAAAUGACUGGUGAAAUGACUCAGCAGAUAAGGGUCCUUGUUGCCAAGUCUGAUGACCAGAGUUCAAUUCCCAGGACUCACAUGGUAGGAGAGAACUAACUCCUCUGACUUUCACACGCAUGCCGUGACACACAUAAAACAAAUAAAUAUAAUACUAAGAGAAACAUCAGAAAACAAGUAAAGGUAUGAACUGAUUUUGUUGUUUAUUAGCUUACUAUUUAUUUUGGAUCUCUGGACUAUGGAUUUUCGUUAUUCAUUUCCAAAGAGUCAUCAGUGUGAAAUUAUUACCUAAGUAGUUGUUCAACAAUACAUAGAUCAUGUUAAUUGGUUAAUAUGGUGUUGUGUUUAUCUUAAUAAAGUUUUGUUUUGAAGUA